CUGGCAUUGUAGAAGGACAUCAGUGUCUUUAAUACAGGUAAUUCCUACUCAAACUUGUACCAACUUGCUUUUGACUGACAGUGAGCAGCGAGGCGUUUUCUUCCUAUGGAGUAAACCUAAGCACCUAUCUUUGCUGGGGCAACCUGCCUCGGCUGAUUUUGUUUUCUCCUUCCCUCUGUGCGUCCCGCCUUGUCGCAACUCCACAUGCAGCCAGGAGUGGGAAGGCAUGGCAGAGGCAUUCAAACAGGAUUUUGAGCACCAACUCCAUGACAAGGACUGCACUACUGUGGCCACAAAGAUAAACAUGCUCCCCUCUGCCCUCAAAAACCUCAUCAUCGCCAUGUGGAGACAGAUUCAUAAAGAGCAAAUCAUGACACUUUAUGGCAGUAGCGGAAGCCCAUGGUAGCCAGGUGGGUGACGGGGACCGAGGACAUUCCACCUGCCUUAAGGAAGACACCUGCUGACCUGCUGAGUGACAGACCAGGUGGUCCCAAGAACCUGGCCAUGGACCCCAUCAACAUUAUGUCCAGUGCUCCUCUGGUGAAACACACUGCCGGAGCUGAACUCAAGACCAGCAGACCCCGAGUCAUGUCCAAAAGUGGCCACAGCAACGUGAGACUUGACAAAGUGGAUGGCAUAUACCUCCUCUAUCUGCAGGACUUGUGGACAACUGUUAUUGACAUGAAAUGGCGAUACAAGCUCACUCUGUUCGCUGCCACUUUUGUAAUGACUUGGUUCCUUUUCGGAGUGAUCUACUACGGCAUCGCGUUCAUUCAUGGGGACCUGGAGCCCAGGCUGCAAGCGUCCAAUCACACGCCCUGCAUCUUGAAAGUGGACUCUUUAACGGGGGCGUUCCUCUUUUCGCUGGAGUCCCAGACCACCAUUGGCUACGGAGUCCGAUCCAUCACUGAGGAAUGCCCACAUGCCAUUUUCCUGCUGGUGGCUCAGCUAGUCAUCACAACCUUGAUUGAGAUCUUCAUCACGGGCACCUUUCUGGCCAAAAUCGCAAGACCCAAAAAGCGAGCUGAAACCAUCAAGUUCAGCCACUGCGCCGUCAUCACCAAGCAGAACGGGAAGCUGUGCUUGGUGAUCCAGGUGGCCAACAUGAGGAAGAGCCUCCUGAUCCAGUGCCAGCUGUCGGGCAAGCUCCUGCAGACGCACAUCACCAAGGAGGGCGAGCGGAUUCUCCUCAACCAGGCUACCGUCAAGUUCCACGUGGAUUCCUCUUCCGAGAGCCCCUUCCUCAUUCUGCCCAUGACCUUCUACCAUGUGCUGGAUGAGACGAGCCCCUUGAGAGACCUCACGCCCCAAAACCUCAAAGACAAAGAGUUUGAACUGGUGGUUCUCCUUAACGCCACAGUCGAAUCCACCAGCGCGGUCUGCCAGAGCCGGACAUCGUACGUCCCCGAGGAGAUCUACUGGGGGUUUGAGUUUGUGCCCGUGGUGUCGCUCUCCAAAAACGGCAAGUACGUGGCUGAUUUCAGUCAGUUCGAACAGAUCCGGAAGAGCCCAGACUGCACCUUCUACUGUGCGGAUUCAGAGAAACAGAAGCUGGAGGAGAAGUACAGGCAGGAGGAUCAGAGAGAGCGAGAGCUGAGGUCCCUUCUACUACAGCAGAGCAAUGUCUGACCUCCUGUCGGAGUGCCCCUGUCGGCCGGCUCCCAGCAGCACUCCGUCCAGGCUCCCAGGGAACAUGAGAAUGUGUGAACACGCUCCAAAAACAUUGCCCAGAUGUACGAAGCCACUCUUUUCCUUGGAUCUGGUGCCUAACAAGCAUUGCCACAUUCGAUGGGGGAGGCUGGGGAUGUCCGCAGAAUAUUGGACAUGGGGCUACAUCUAGAAGACUUGAUGUUGAGCAAUUUACAUAAUGCCUUUCUGGAUGGACAGACCGUUUUUAGACAAGCUGAGAUUAGGGAGGGUGGGGGCGUGGGUGGAAAUGCAUUUCUAGCCAAAAAUAGCAACUAUAAUAUAAGUUAUUUAUUUAAUCCAAUAGUCAGAGACCUCCUAACCAAGGUUUGAAAUUUGGUUCAGUAUUCACUUAUAUUGUUGCUUUACAACAUACCUUUUAACUUUAUUUUCAAGUAGAGAAAAUGUUAUGCAUACCGAUGGCCGAGCGAUAAUACCAGAGAAGGGCCGCAAGGAAAUUCAUCCUCCCAAGAAGAGAAUAAUUCCGUUGUCACCUCUUCUUCAGCAAGCUGAAUUGUGCAGAGUAAAAUGUAUUUCAUCAGGAAUUCAUAACUGUGGAAACCUAUACAUAUAGAGAGGUGUGCUUCUGUUCACCCUGAAUCGUUUUCAUGACGAUUGGCCUGCACUAGCUAAACCAACUGGACUCUGACGCAGGGUGACCCCCAGUGGGUCAGAAUAGCAGGGUGACCCCCAGUGGGUCAGAAUAGCAUUUUCAAAGGCCAAUUUUGGGGGGAAGUAAGAUUGACAGAUCUUUCUUCUUCUGAGUGGACUCAAACCAUCAACCUUUUGGUUAGCAUUGGAGGACAUUAACCAUUUACACCACUAGGGAGUAAUGGAAAUGUACUAGCUCCUUUCUAUUCAUAGAUGAUCAACAUCAGCGUCAUCAGGGAACUUAUUAGAAAUACAGAAUGUCCAACCCCACUCAGGCCUACUGAUUCUGUCUGUAUCUCUACAAGAUCCCCCAUGUGAUUCAUGCACAUUGAUUUAUGUGCAUAUUCAGGUGUGAGAAGUUCCUCUCUGGGCAAUAUUUUGUAUGCCACUUUCGGAAGUCAUGGGGAAGCCUGGCUCUACGGGUUCUGUGAUGUCUCUAGAGCUGUCCUUCUCUCUUUAGUUCAUUAUUAUGAACCAAUAGUUGCUGUUUGUCAUUCCCUAUGUAUCAAAACUGGUGAUGCUGCUGAGAAAGCAGUGGACUACUAAUGCCCAGUUUGGUGGUUCAAACUCACCAGUUCCUUCUCAGGAGGACAUUGAGGCUGUCAUCACCUGGAGAGAUUUACACAGCCUUGGACUCCCUGUGUGGGGCCACUCUGAGUCAGAACCAACUUCAUGGCAGUGGUUUUCCUUGGGUUUGGUCUAUGGAAAUACCAUGUCUACCGAGGAACUGUGUAGAAUUAUUCACCGACAUUCCAAAGGCAAACCAUAACUCUUGAGAGCAAUAAUUGUUUUCAUCAGGCUACAGGCAUGGUUGAUUGCUUACAUUCAGUACAAAGGAAAAAAAUGAAGGUAUGUAACCUCAACAGAAAGUCACUCAGAUGGUGCAGCUUAUAAGGCUAGGGCCGGGCAGUGAAGCAGAGGCAGAGCUGGGGGUAAAGAAAUUCAUAAACAAGAUGACACCUCAAAGCAUGAAAAAAUGUGAUAAUCUGAUAAGAUGCAAAGAAUAUGCUCAGUAUGUAAAUAAACACCACCUAGCCAGCUGUAUCACAGAGGCCACAUGUUGCCUCUAAAUGCCUGUGGGAGCUGGUGCUCCGCAUGUCGUGGUGCAGAGGGUAAGGGGACUGGAACUGGCUAAAUGUGCCAAAGGUGAGCUGCCAUUUAAUUCAAAAGGAAACAGAUUUGCAUAGUCACUUGAAGAAAUUGUGUCUGUGAGUGUGCAUGUGGGGCAUACAUACACAAACACAAGUAUAAGGUCACAGUCACACAAAUAUGUAUCACUUGCAUAAGCAAAUAUUCUGGCUGGUCAAUCAUGAGCAUGAGAGUUAAUAAUGAAGGUUCUUGGCAGUUAGGAGAGCAAGUCUUUGAAAAAGAAAUGCUUAUGGAGCAAAAAUAUGAACAUCAGGACUAAGGGGAUAAAAAUGGGGGAAACCAAACUGGAGUGCAGUUCACCUGGUAAUGUCUUGAUGCGGGCAUACUUCCAAAUCUCACCUCAGUGCACAUAAAAUGCAAGGAGAAUCUCUGUCGAUGAAGGUGGUGAAGGUUUACUCACCACUCUCCGUGCAUGCAAGGGACAAUAUUGUCUUUAGCUAUUCAGGGGAAUUUUCUUCUUCUUCUGUUGAUCACCUAAUGACAGAUUUUACUUUAGAUCCUUGUUCUUAAAACAAAACAAAAAUAAUUCAAUGUUAUUGUAGUUAGCUCUUAGCCUUUUUUUGUCCUCCUAUUGUUUGUUACUGUAUAUUGUGGUGUAAUCAGCAGGAAAAUACUGCCCCGGUGUGUUUGCAGCUUUUCCGCUGCACUAUUAAAUUCUUUUCACAGUAUUUACAUGGAUGCGCAUUUGAAUGGAAGCAAGAUGAGAACUAUUGCUUACUUGUAUUGUAUGUGGUAUAAUUAUGUUGCCUAAGAUUCAGAAAUCUUUUUGUAUGGUCAUCUAGCACAUUCCAGUGCCAGCAAAAUUCAGAAGACUUUCUGGCACUACACAUGAACCAAAUAUGCAGGGCUAGUUAAAAAAAAAUCAAUACAUGUUCAAGGCAAUACACCAUAUUAUAGCAUAAUAACCAAUAAAUAACUAUAAAUGUG